AUGCAGUCUAAGCCGUCGCCGCGAUACAACAGGCCGCCGUCCCGAGGGUUGAUCGCCGCAGCAGAAAACCGGGAAACCCCGAGACGUCGUCCCAGAUGCGUCCCCGCCGUGGUGUCACUCGGCCGACCGUCGUCGGUCCGGUCGCCGGCCACCGCCCUGCUGCUGUUGGCCGUGGCGCUGCUCCCGAACGCCGUUCUGUCCGUCGAGUCGUCCGCCGACCCCAAACUUCAAUACAAAGUGAAUUGUGACGAUGAAUACAUGACCGUCGAUGUUAAAAAAACCGAUGACAUUAAAAGCAUUUAUCUGAACCAAAUGAAAUUUUAUCCAGAGCUUGCUUGCCAACCGGUUUUCGAAAAAAACCUCAUUCAGUUCAAACUGUCUCUACGAGACGUGUUCAAAUGCGGACUGACAAAAGUGACCAAUCAAGGAACCGGUACAGUCACGUACUAUCAUCAGAUAGUCAUAGAGAAAGACGGCGGCAACAACUAUGAACACAAGUCUUUCGUAAAUGUUAAGUGUUGGUUUUCUGGAAAUAAAAAUCACACAGUGGCCAAGAGGAACGUGUUACCCGCUGGAUUCCAAGAGCCAGAGGACUUGGAGAUAACUACAUCGUUGACAGAAAACGCGCCGGUUCCCAUGCUUAAGGUGGGCGUACGACAGGGCGGUAGUAUCGUAAACGGCGAACUCAACGUUAACCCGGGCACUCCGUUGCAAAUGGAAAUAUACCUGGACAAAGAGAGUGCUCCAAUUUAUGGGUUGCUGGUGAGCUACAUGCAAGUGACAGACACCAAAGCGCAAGAGGAAACUAUCAUAUUCAAUGGCUGUUCGGUGGAUCCAUAUUUGUUUGAAAACUUUAAUACGGUGGACGGCGAUUUUUUGACCGCUAAAUUCAGGGCGUUCAAGUUCCCCGAGUCAACGUACGUGCAGUUCAAAGGCACCGUUAACGUCUGUUUAGACAAGUGCAGAGGGGUGGAUUGUAGCAACGGUAAAGUGGGCUUCGGAAGGAAGAGGCGAGAAAUCAGUGGUAUUCCACCUGACCCAAAUAAGGUGUUUGAAGUGUCCAUGACCACUUUUAUCAAAGUGGAUUACAAGAGUGAAAUGGCCCGAGAAAAAGUGAAAUUGGAAAUCGACACGACCGCGGACGAACGGAACCAGACCAACUCGAACUCGCUGGACGUGAGGCCCAAGGGCGGCGCCCGGAACGCCGACGGAACCGACCACAUGCGCGUGGACACCGAGGAAAUCCGCGAGGAACUCAAGUACACGUUGCUGGAGACCAACGCCGGUCACACUGUGGGGCCGCACACCGUGGCCACGGUGGUCUUGCUGUUGGUGGUGGCCGUCGCGCGCGCGGCGAUGAUGGACGUCUGAAGCACUAUCGUCCCGCCCGUCCGCCCGCCGUCACACAACUAACCGCUCUAACCUUAUUAACUUUUCUUUUCUUUUUUUCGUGAUUUAUAUAUUUUAUUUUAUCAAUAAAAAUUAUUUUUAGGCAUAUAAUUAUUUAUACGUAACAUAAUAUCAUAUAAUAUCGCCUGUACCGCGUUCAAAACAAUAACCGUUUGAAGCCUAUUCAAUGAACAAAAUGUUUAUGUGUGUGUGUGUGUGUUUUUAACUAUAUAGUUUAUUUCCCGCACCGUUUCGCGAGCUUGUUGCGGGCGAGAGUUUGUGAGGUUUGAGAAAACUAGACUCUGUUCUUUAAGCUAAUUAUAAAAUAUUUUAAAUUGUAUAUAUUUUAUAGAAACACGUCGUAGCACGCCUGCCAUUAAUAUUUUUCGUUUUAACGUUGUGCACUUCAACCGUAGACUUACAAAUCAAAUCACAAAUUUCAUUAUCAUUGAACAUUUCCGAGCACGCCCCCGAUAUCAUCAAACGAUGGUAAUAUACACGUUUUCGAAAUAUAAAUUAUAACACGGCGUUUUGAAAAUCGAUUAAUAGAUACUUGAAUUACUCAUAUUGAUAUAAUAAUAAGUAUCAUUGCACAGUCAUUAUAUUAUUAAAUUUUACCAGUCUAUUUAAUUAUAUUUGAACGGUUAGGUUGAAGAUGAACAAGGUUUUUUUUAAUAAAAAUACGAUGACUUAAUAAAACAACUUACAUUUCUUAAAAAUAAAAAAUACCCUUCAUAAAAUUAAAAAAUAUAUAUAAUACACUAUUUUUAUGUUUCAUAAUAUACAAAAAUUAAUUAAUAAAUUUAAGUGUUUGAAAUAUGAAUAUCAAAUUAAGAAUAUAUUUUAAUUUUUAAUUGGGUGAUGAAAUUUCAAAAAUUGAUCCUAAAUUCACCAAGUAAAAUAUAUAAAAAUAAGUUCUCAUGUAUGUAAAUAUAAAAUAAAAACAAACAAUUUGGCAUUUGCCGAGAUUUAAUAAAAUGCAAAAAAUGCAAAAAGUUCUUUUCAAAUUAAAAUCAAGGCAGAAAAAUGUAACAUCGCAAAGAUGUGUAAUUUAAAAUUGUAUGAACUCUGAUCUAUAAAUCUGAUUAUACAUUUUGAAUGCCAUGUCUUUUAGAUACAAAAAAAAAAUGCUAUUACAUCCUAUCCUUAAUGAUGAGUAUAAUAUAUAAUAUAGAUUAAAAAUAUUAUUUUGAAUAGACUUUAUAAAUAAUCGGCACAAACGGUCGUUGUUUUGGAAUCCAGUUUUUAAUCAUUCGAAUAAUGUUUAUUUUGCUUUAAAAUUGUUUAUUAUAUGAUUUGCUCAUAAAAUAAAUUAUGUUUUAUAAACUUGUAGACGAACAUUAACAUAUUCAUUAACCAUCGUUAAACUUUUGUUUUGGUACUAUGAAUAACGUCUUACAUUGUUUAUAAUUUAUCUUAAUUAGUACUGAAACUUUAACAAUUUAUUAUUAAAUUGAAGUAGUAUUAAUAUAAUAUGUCCUUCAUAAUAUUAUAGUAUAGAUAAUAUAUAUUUAACUUGGUUAUAAUAUGAUUAUUCCCCAAAAGUGUGAAUUUUUUCUAUGAUAUAUUAUUUAAUGCAAUCUGAACUAAAUGUAUUUUCAUUUUUUAAUAACUGUGAUAAUUGUAGUUAUGUUAUAAUUAAUAUUAAUAUAAAAUAACUAUACAUUAUAAUUUAUAGAGAUAAAUACGUUUUUGUCUAACGCCAAUGUAUAAUAAUAAAAUAAUAGUUGUAAUGUGGUCAUGAUUUUUUCGAUUGAUAAAAUCAUUAUUUUUGUAAUGUAAACAAUAUAAUAAAUACGAUUAAUUUUCUAAUCUAUAA